CAACUGUUUUGAAAAAUGUCUAUGCCAAAGUGCUAAUACUACGGAAUUUUGGGCAUAAGAACCCUUUUAAAACUAAAUCAAUUGACUUGUUUGGUAAUAUGCAAUGCCCAUAUACUUCAAUUUUCGUCAUAUUAAAAUAUAAGUUAAUAGUGAAUAUAAAUUAAACCACCAAAUCUAUAUUUAUUGUUGGAUUUGCUUUGACUUUGUGAUUGUGAAUUCUGACUUUCUAACUUAAGUCAAGUCUUCUGACUCUUGACGAAAAACCUCAUCCAUGAUUCAGACUUUUAACUUCAGAAUCACACUAAGUCUAUGAUCAACUUAGGGACUAAAGUCUUACGUUAAAAAUGGGGACGCCUGCCACUUUUUUAUCGAAUUUCACGAAAUUAUCCCUAAAUCGAUCCCUAUGCCUAACCUGAACCCUAAAUCGAUCCCUAUGCCUAACCUGAACCCUAAAUCGAUCCCUAUGCCUAACCUGAACCUAAAUCAAUCCCUAAACCCAGAGGCGUAGCGAGGGUGUUUGGCGCCCGGGGACAAGAUUCGCGGCCGGGGACAAGAUCCAUUUUAAAGCGCCCCUUUUUCUUUUUUUCAACUCUCAAACCCAUUAUUUUCAUCAAUAAAAUAAUAUCAAAGUUCAUUUUUGUGCUCCUAACUAGCUGGCGCCCGGGGACAUCUGUCCCCCCCUGCCACCCCCUUGCUACGCCUAUGCCUAAACCCUAAUUCACUGCAGCUAUAAUAAAGACACAAAAGACGCCUUGGCAGCCAUCCUCGGUUUUAGCCAAGUCUUAAUUUUAUUUACUGAUUGUAUUCAUCUUAUUUAAUAUUUUUUGAAUUAUUUAGAACUCAGGACCUAGCCUAUUGAAAGAUUAUUCAUUAUUCAUAUGAAUAUAAAUAUAAUUUAUUUAUAAUAUAACCAUGAGCAUGCCAUUACUCAUUACUUACAUGUACACCAUCAUUUUCAACCUAAGCUUUAAGUCUUAAGCCUAAGCCUCGUUUUUUAAUAUUUAAUUAAAUUAAGUAAGAUAAAUUUCAUUAUAUAUCAUAUUAAAAAUUUUGAACAGACCUUUUUAUGAAAAUUAUAUGAAUUAUUAAUAAAUAAGUGUUUUAAUGGAGAAAUUUUAUCAUUUUAUUAUAUAAGCAUCAAAGAAAGAAGUUUAAAAAAUAUGGUACUGGCCAAUGAUGAUUACAAAUAAAGAUUGAUUUCCAGUAAAGUUGUUCUUUUAGUGAAUUUUAUUUUUCAAUGUUGAAUUCUAAAUAGUGUUUUAAAUUAGAUGCUGCAUAAUAUUGAAUAUCUUACUUAAAAUACAUUCAUAAAUGAUGUCACACUAUUUUGGAACCAUUUUAUACUUCCCCUUCCCCCUUAUCAUCAGAAAUCAUUUUAAAAAAAACCAAAAUCAGACACCCUUGUUGCCUUGUUAUAAAUACAUAAUGUUUGAAAAUACCCAAAUUAUACAUAAGUACCUUGAAAAAAUUUCAAGGUUUCAAUGCCCUUCACCCCUGCUGUCAGGACCUUGCGAAGAGAUGGGUGGGAGCAAAAAAGAUAAUUAAAAAAAAAUUCCGUUGACCAGUCGGCUCCCAAUGAGACCGGUUCAACUGGUUAAGUUUGCCGGAGUUUGAUCCGGCAUUUUCUGAUACUCCAGGGUGUCAAGUUAGGUUGAUGUAUCAAUAUUGCUCCUUGAAAAAUUAUUGGUCAAUAAUUAGAUAUGCUAAAACAAUAGUGGCCGUUUUGCUAAAGGUAUAAUUAAAUUCACUAAAUCACUAAAACAAUACUUACCCAAUUUACUUCCUCAAAUUUGCCUGAGUCUAAGCAUAAUUCAGGAUGAACAUAGCAGCUUUAUUGGAUCCCUAACCCUAAAAACCUUAACCCCAAUUAUAGACAAAUUUCUAUCUAUACUCUAGAUAUUUUAGAAAAAAUCAAAUAAGAAUUUAUGUAUAAUUAUUUGACAUGAGCAUACAAAAUUGAUCCCUUGGAAACAAGGGCUCAUUUAGUUGGACACAAUAUACUAUAAAUUGUUUGAAAAUACAUUGUAAUGACCAAUGUAUAUUAAUCCAUUUUUUAAAAUGGAAAUUUAGUGUCACUGAACUUAAAUUUAAAGACAUGGCUAGCUCUUUUUAAAAUCGCUGGGCUAAGUUUAGUUUAUAAUAAAUACAUUUUUAUUAUACUUUGUAAAAUACAGAAGUUUAAUUAGUACAAUCAAUGUUAAUGUUCUAUUCAUUAAUUUAUUUAUUUUUUUAAAAUUGUAAUUAAUAGUUGAAGUCGAACAUGUCAAAAGAAAGAACUUUUGAGGCGGGCAUCACACGACAAGAUAUGUACAAACUGAGGACCCCGCCAUGGAAAGAAACAUAUAGAAAGGUUGCCUUUUAUGAUGAUUACCAUUUAAAACUUAAAAAUUUGAAAUAUUAGCAUAAUGGUUUUAUGAAAAUCUAGGGCAAUAAAUUUAAAAUUUGCCUGAGAAUUUCAUUUUGUUUAUGUGUGUAGAAUGUGUCAUGAUCAGUCCUUCUUCUUAAGGCGAUUAUGUAACUUCUAUUUAUUGACAAUUUAGUGUAUGACUUAAGUGGCUGACAUUGGAGGGACAGCCUCUGCUGUACUUUAUGUAGAAGAAGCUUGAAAUAGCCUUCUGUUGGGCUCUCUUUUUUAUAAGGAAGUCUGUGCUUGACUGUUUAACUGCAAUAAUCAAAGUUUAUUUUCUGCUCAUUCAAUUUCUUUAUCUUUUUAAAUUGUAAAGAAUAGUCAAAGUCAAACAUGUCAAACAAAAGAAUUUUUGAGGCAGGCAUCACACAACACUAAGUUGCCUUUCUUUCAGAGUGGAGAAUAUGCUUCAAAUUUGGCAUGUUCCAAAACCUCGGUGUUAGGUACAUUGUCCUGCUUUCCAAUGUUCAGAAUAUGGUGCAGCAUCUGAGAUGGAAUCUGUUUAGUACUUUCCAUCGGAUGGCAUUAGUGGUUCACACUUCUCUGGUUUGAAUAUAAGAAUAAUAAAAAUAUUCCUAUGUCUCCUAUAACAAAAAAAUUUAAUAAAUGUAUUUAUUUAUCACACACCAAUAAAACUAAAUGUUGGAAUCUCAUGAGGCUGGGAAGUGAGAAUCUUGGUUUGGUUUCAGCAGUAUUAAAUAUAUAUAUUUUAAUUGUAUUUUAGAUAUGCACAUAAAGUAGUGCUGUGAGGGGGCUUUUGACCACAUUAGAUAAGUUCUAAAGUAGCUAUCAUGACAUAGGUUUACAAAAAAAUUUGUAAUGACAACCGGUCCAUCCCAUUCACAGAGGUGCAUAGAGAGACUGAGAGCAAACAGGGCGAAAGCUCAUUCCCUUAAAAGGAGACUUGGUUUGGAAGAAAUCACAGAUGAAGAAUCUAAUGUGUAUGGGAUCGCAGACCCCUCUCAGAAUCCUGGCAUACUUCUAGAUAUAGAGGCCAUCAUGGAAGAGGAAUGGAGAAAAAUGGAUAUUGAAGGGGUGCGGCAAAAUAGAGCUGAUACUGAGGUAGGAAUUUUUUCCCCUUUCAAAGGACAUGAAACUUUUAAAAUUUUCAUUUUAAGAUUAAAUUGCCACAAUUUGAGGAAACUUCUAGCAAGAGUGAACUGCUGCCGACUUUUGCGUUGCGGACCAAAUUAACACCAAGUCGCAAUUAGCAGCAAAAAAAUGCCAAGCAUUAAAAUUAGUGCAUGAAAGGUGUUCACAGAAGAGCAGUAAUAAUAAUUUUGAUUACUUAUUGUAGGAAUAACUGUCUAGAAAUUCUCUAAGAAAAAUGAUGAGUAUGGCUUAUUUUAUGAAUGAAAUCGGCAAUGAAAAAUAAAAUAUAGUAUCUGACCAGGAUUAUGUUACUGCUGGUUUGUUUGAUAAUAUGUUUAUUUACUUACAACGUAUGAAAGAUAAUGUAGUGGGGCAUAGUUUUCCUUUAUAUGUUGGAUAUGAAAUCUGGUGAAGUGAAGACUCCAUUUUAAUCUAAAGGGAUUUGGAUAUCCUUCCACUAGAUGCACAUCUUUUUUUUUUCCAUGGUUGUUUUAUUAUGUUUUCUAGGGCUUGUUUAUCAGGUAAUUUAUUCACUUAUUUUAUCAAGUAGUUUUGUGGGUAUAAAUUGUUUAAACAUUAAAACUUCUCUUCCCAUUAGGGUAAUGCAGGGGACGGUGGUCAGUUCUUUGAUGACAUGCUUAGACUCUAUGAUGAUAUCAAUGAUGAGAUCAGGAGAGAGAUUCAAGCAGAUCUUAGGAACGAAGGUUGUCAUUUUACUCAAGCAAUGUUUUGUUAGAAUUCUAAAAACUAUUUAAUUCUCCCCCCCCCCUCCCUCUCGCUCUCUCUCAAGACGCUGCAUUUUGUUGUCUAUAACUUCUUCAUAAACAUAAAAAAUAUGUGAUUUUAUUUUCUUAGAAACUGAAUUGACUGUGAAGCAAAUAAACAUAAUCACCAACCCAAGAGUUGGAGGAACAAAAAUUCUCUCAAAGAAGUCCUGGCAUUAAUGCCCAUUGACUCAAUGAAAGAAUAAAUUAAGAUUUGUCAAGUAGAUUUAAAUAAUAUACAAGUUUAUAUUCUAUAAAUAAAAGCAUAUUUCAAUAAUUGCUACUUUGUAACCAGUUCAGUAUAAUAUGUUGGACGUUCAUAUCACAUUUGAUAUUUUUCCCACAGCCUACAACAUUGGGAUUUUAUUUACAUGGAAAUUGAUGGAUUAAAAAAAAAAAUUAUUCAUGCCUGCUGAAGUAGAUAACUAUACUGCAUCCAUGUUUAUCCACAGAACAAAGAAUCUUGUGUGAUAGAUAUCUACAAGAAGAGGAGGAUGAAUUGUGUUCAGCCUUAAAAACUCUAAGCACAGAUGACGUUAUCUGUCCGUUGUGCCAAAAGUAAGGUUGUAUUAUACAUAUUUUUGUUUUCUCACAUUUGAUAAUGGUUUAAUGAGAUAAGAUUCUUCUAUUAAUUUGAAAAGAUUGAAAUUUUUUAAAAUUAAAAUGUUCAUAGUGAUUUUCAGCAAAUACAAAAAUUACAUAUUUUAACCCAAGACAACAUUUUACUAAUAUAAAAAUGUGAAAACAAGACAUCAAAUUUAUUUCUUUAGCGUAGAAAUCAGUCACCAAUAAACUCCCUUAAUCCAUUUCAAAGGGAGUAAACCCUUACAGAAAGAAAAAAAAGAAAGAAAAAAAAGAAAGAAAAAAAAGAAACUGACUCAAAAAGAACAAAUUGUGAAACUGUUAAAAUAAUUGAGUACAAAAAUAUGAAAUGGAAACAUUUGUUUCAAGUGGUGUUUGGAAAUGCUAUUUAAAUAAAAUGUCUUAGUCAUCCUUUAAAUAUGUCUGUUGGAAUCCUCCAACCGUUCAGCUUGACUAAUUUCAAAUAUUCACCAUCACUGGAAAAGCAAGUUCAAAAGCAAAAAUGUAUAUAUUUUUGAUAAGAUAAAUCAUAAAAAGUGUAUAAAAUUAAAACUGAUAUCAAGAUAAAUUAAAUUUUUUUUAAAACUUGGCUUUCUGCUUAUGCAGUAGAAGCAUCUUUACGAGUUGAAAAUUCUGUUGCCAAAGUAUGGGUGACUGAAGCUCUAACUCUAAGUUAAAUAUAUUUUUAAUAAAGAGUGUGUUGUCGAAAAAAAGGGAAGAUUCCGAAAGCGUCCUUGUUUUAUUAUUACAGAUAUAUUUUAUUGGAGAACAAAGGGGUCAUUUUUUGCAACUGUGGACUUCGAAUAAGCACUGAGGUAUGUUUAUUAGUGUUUGUCAUUUUAUCAUCUCAUUGCCACUGAUACCCUGAGGGGUCAUCCAUAAAAGACGUCCACACAAAAGGGGGGAGGGGGGGUUCAGCAAAAAGUGGACUAAAGUGGACAAAGGGGGGGAGGGGGUUUAGGACAAAGUGGAUGUCCACAUUGUAGUGUUUUUUUGAGUGCAGCAGUUUUGCAUAAAUUUACUGCAAAUUUACUCCCCGAUCACAGUUACAGUAGCAUGCCUUUUGAUCCCUAUUGUCCAUCAGUGGCUGGAAGAAUUUCCAAGAGAAUAUGUUUCUGCUGUACAUAUUUCCCAUCACAGGCGGCAAUGAAAAAACAUAAGGUCGUCCAUAGCAAUAUUCCUGCUAGUGAACAUAAUAUGGCAGACGAAUCAGACGAAGAGACUGCCACUCAAAUUGAAGCAAUUGAAGACUCAAGAACAGAUGUUGUCAUUAUACGAAACAUGUUUGAAUGGCUGCAGUCCGAAUUUUCCGUUGAUUGAAGAAUGGUGGAUUAUUUGUUUAUUACAUUUUUUAAUACAGUGAUUCAAUAAAAUGUUUUUGAACAGUUAUUAUUUCAUUUAGAAUUUUGCCUGCAAAUAAUUGGAAUUUCUAAAAAAAAUCUGUGUAAAUACAUACUCUUUAUAUUGUUGAACAUUUUCCCAAAAUAUACGUUAAUUUAAGUUCGGUAAAUUUUAUGUUUUGGACGUCCACAACUGGGGGGGGAGGGUGUCAAGUCAAAAGUGGACAAAGGGGGAGGGGGGGGGGGUAAAAAAUAGCAAAAAAUUGGUGGACGUCUUUUAUGGAUGGCCCCUGAGCUGUUUACAAUUUGUUAAUGUGAUAUACCUUGCUGUUGCUAUAUAAACCUUUUUUUUUCUUCUAUUUUUUAUUAUUUAAUAAUUGUUUUUUUGUUUCUUUCUCCUUAUUAUUCAGUCAUCUUGCAAUCGCCUCCAAGUAAUGUUUUGGGUUGCUUCCCAUGAAAUAAUUUUCUUUUAACUGAAACAGUUUUCUGUUAGCAUUUUUAGUCAUAAAAAAUAUACUAAAAUAAAGAAAGUAAAAGGUUAUUUGUAAAUUUUGUAUUCCCAGCAAGACUGUGUUACGCUGAAAAAUGUGAGGUCCAACAUUCUAGAAGGGACGGCAGAACACAGUGAGAAUUGUGAAGCUCACCCAAAGUUCCAAGUCUCUCAAAAAUUUGGCAUCUCAAACCUUCUCAUGUCUUGUGAAGUAUGUUGCUGUCAACAAUUACGCUUUUUCUUUACUCUCAGAAUAAAAUUCUAAAUAAAAUUCAAUCCUCUUUGGUUAGAUAGGUUCUACCAGACUAUCAACUGGAAGCUGUGUUGCACAAAAUUUGAUGAGUCUCUCUGUAGAUCUAUAAAUAGAUAUAGAAGAGAAACUAAAGAUUUUUCAAUUUAAACAUGAUUUCAUAAUAGAAAUACUUACCCGUUGAUUUAAAGAGUGUCUUCUGUGCAAGAGCUCUGGAAAUAAUGAACGGAUGCCAAAUUUUACCUAAAACAGAUGACCCUUGAAGCAGCUAAUAUUCUAAAUCAGGCAGUUAUCUUCCAGCAGGAACAAUUUGCUAUGGCUCAUGUUAACAGCAAACUUAUAAGCCUAAAUCACAUUCCUCAUUCCAUUCCACUUAAUUCUUUUGGGGUUGGGCAGCCAUGAUAAAAAAUGGUGAGUGUAGAUCAAGAUUUUUGUGCAUAAGAUUUUGAAGGUAAAGGAGAUGUUAAGAAAUUGUAAAAGGGAUGAAGAUUUAAGUGAUGUGUUUCAAAGCAUGUCUUAUUUCUUUGGAAUCGUAUGUUUCUUUUUUUUGGAUACCAACGUGAACGUUUAAAUUGGACUGUAACGUCUCAGCUGUUAUUUAUAACUUUAAUAUAAACAGUGAUAUAUAAGUUAUAAAAAAUGUAUCGUUUGAUUUUUAAUUUGAAAUUCGGACAAGUUUGGUUUUAAAUUUCAUUAGUAAUGUUUAAUAACAUUAAAGUAAGGCGGCAAGUUUGGUUUUAAAUGUCAUUAGUAAUGUUAAAUAACAUUAAAGUAAGGCGGCAGGGCACUGAGUACUAAAGGCAGGCGAUCCAAGAUACAGAUCCAAUUUCAUUAAAACCUAUUUAAUAAGCAAAAUUAAAGUUAGGUGAAGGUUAUUGUUAUCAUUAUUUUUGUUACAUUUCACAUCUAAUUUGCAUGCUUCCUUACUAAACUUUGAGUGAUUUAGAUUCAGAUCUGAACUCUUGUAGGGUCUGGGAUUUAAUCUUGUUUGCUCUGACUCCAAGACCUGGAUAUGUGUGGAAAAGGGGAAGAAAAUAUGUAUACAUAAAUUAGUCUUAAAUUUAUAAUUUCCAUCCUCAGAAAUCAGUAAUGUCAUUUUUCCGACCAAACUUUAAUAAUUAAAACAACAUAUUGCUAUGGCCAGUUCAUUGAAGCCUACCCCUGAUUCGAUUUCAUUUGAAUUUGAUUGGCUUAAGAUUUUUUUCCCUCUCAUUUCUUCUAUUUGCAGACAUGUGAUUUCCUCUUCAUAAUUGUCUGAUUGUCAAGAAAAAAAGAUGGCCGUGACUCAAUGAAUGCCCUUGCUUAUUUUGAGAGAUGUUUGUGGCUGUGUGAAUUAUUCCCUCUUAGUGGGGUUGCCAGAAAGUUUGAGCAUGUUGUUUAGUGCAGAGAGAGAGAGAGAGAGAGCAGUCCAGAUUUUUAGAGAAAUGUCAAAUUUAUCUUCUGCUUAUUUGGUGGUGGUAGUGUGUGUUUUUUUGGUUUGGUUGGUGGUUGAUGAGGUAAUGUUGGUCAGAAGUUUAAGGGGUGGAGGGGAGGUAAUGUUGGUCAGAAGUUUAAGGGGUGGAGGGGGAGGUAAUGUUGGUCAGAAGUUUAAGGGGUGGAGGGGGAGGUAAUGUUAGUCAGAAGUUGAAUGUUUUAAACACGUUCACAUCAAAUCAUUAACUAGAAAAUAUUAAUUACUGUUGAAAGCUAAUUUAAAUAAUAAAAGGGGUUUAUCUGUGCCUCAGUGACACAAACUUAAUCCCGUUUCUAGGUAAACAGAGUAGUCUAAAAAUUCCUCCAGCCAGGUUUAAGCCUGUCUUUGCACCACAAAGGUGCUGAAAUGUUUCUUUAGAAUUUCCUUACUGUUGGUAAUGUCCAUAUUACUCAUUCAGGAUUACAUGCUUGAAUUAAAUUAUUUGUAUGUGCAAUGGGUGUUCAACAAUACGUAUCUAUGGGUUGAGUUCAUAUUGUGCCAAAUAAGGCAUGAUGGAUCAUUGUGGGGACAUUGUUCAGAACAAAUGUACAAAGUGUAAAUAGCAUUUUCUAUGUCCGGAAUGUACUAGA